AGAUAGAGAUAUGACUGAAGAAAGCCCAGAGGAGGAUCAUGAAUCUCCUGGAGUAGCCGAAACAAAUCUUGGAAGCCCUUCUUCAAAGAACAAUAACAACAGCAACAACAAAGAACAAGACCGGUUUCUUCCAAUUGCCAAUGUCGGAAGAAUUAUGAAAAAGGUUCUUCCCGGUAAUGGUAAGAUCUCGAAAGACGCCAAAGAAACCGUUCAAGAAUGUGUAUCAGAGUUCAUCAGUUUCGUUACUGGUGAAGCUUCUGAUAAGUGUCAAAGAGAGAAGAGGAAAACCAUCAAUGGAGAUGACAUAAUUUGGGCCAUUACAACUCUCGGUUUCGAAGACUACGUGGCUCCGUUAAAGGUCUAUCUCAACAAAUACCGAGAAACCGAAGGAGAGAAAGCCAAUAGCCCAAAACAGAGACAACAACAAGUACAACAGAAUAAUCAUUUCCAGUUCCAAGAACAGGACCAUAACAACAUGUCAUGUACUAGUUACAUCUCUCAUCAUCAUCCUUCUCCGUUCUUUCCCGCUGAUCAUCAACCUUUUCCAAAUCUCCCUUUCUCACCUAAAUCAUUGCAGAAACAGUUCCCGCAGCAGCAGCAGCAUGACAACACUGAUUCCAUUGGUCAAUGGUCAGUGUGAGUCCUAAAUUGUUUGUACUUUUCUUUUAUAUAUAUUAUAUUGUUUUGUUUCCCUUUGUGAGUACCUCUUGAUGCUUAUAUAUUGUUGCUAUACAUAUACAUUAGAUACGUACAUCUUGAUAUUUUCUGUAUCCCGAUGUUAUAUUUUGUGUAACAGACGAAUACUUCUUGAUAUAUUAUCGGCAGGUUAUGUUAAA